CCUCCUGGGCAGAAGGCAUGACUCCUCCCUGCCUCAAUUGUUCCAUCUUUCCUGGAGCGCUCUCCCCAAAUGCUUCAAGGAGCCCCCUGGUCUGCAAUAUCAGUGAGUUCAAGUGGCCCUAUCAACCUGAGGAUCUGAACCUUACCGAUGAGGCCCUGAGGCUGAAGUAUUUGGGGCCACAGCAGAUGAAACAGUUUGUCCCCAUCUGUGUCACGUACCUGCUGAUCUUCGUGGUGGGCACUCUGGGCAACGGGCUGACCUGCACCGUCAUCCUGCGCAACAAGACUAUGCGCACGCCCACCAACUUCUACCUCUUCAGCCUCGCUGUGUCCGAUAUGCUGGUGCUCCUGGUGGGCUUGCCUCUGGAGCUUUAUGAGAUGCAGCAAAAUUACCCGUUCCAGCUGGGUGCGAGUGCCUGCUACUUCCGAAUACUGCUCUUAGAGACCGUCUGCCUAGCUUCAGUGCUCAAUGUCACAGCCCUGAGUGUGGAGCGUUAUGUGGCCGUGGUGCGCCCACUCCAAGCCAAGUCUGUGAUGACACGGGCCCAUGUGCGCCGCAUGGUGGGGGCCAUCUGGGUCCUCGCUACUCUCUUCUCUCUGCCCAACACCAGCCUGCAUGGCCUCAGUCAACUAACUGUGCCCUGCCGGGGGCCGGUGCCCGACUCAGCUAUAUGUUCGCUGGUGGGUCCCAUGGACUUCUACAAGUUGGUGGUACUGACUACCGCACUGCUCUUCUUCUGUCUGCCCAUGGUCACCAUCAGUGUGCUGUAUCUGCUCAUUGGGCUGCGGCUGCGGAGGGAGAGGAUGUUGCUCCAAGUGGAGGUCAAGGGCAGGAAAACCGCAGCAACCCAGGAGACCUCCCACAGAAGGAUUCAGCUGCAAGAUAGGGGACGGAGACAGGUGACCAAGAUGCUGUUUGCACUGGUUGUGGUAUUCGGCAUCUGCUGGGCUCCAUUCCAUGCUGACCGUAUCAUGUGGAGCCUGGUGUAUGGACACUCAACGGAAGGCCUGCACCUGGCCUACCAGUGUGUCCACAUUGCCUCUGGCAUCUUCUUCUAUCUCGGCUCAGCAGCCAACCCGGUGCUCUACAGCCUCAUGUCUACUCGCUUCCGAGAGACCUUCCUGCAAGCCCUGGGCCUUGGAACCCAGUGCUGUCAUCGCCGCCAACCCUAUCAUGGCUCCCAUAACCACAUCAGGUUGACCACAGGCAGCACCCUGUGUGACGUGGGCCACAGGAACAGCAGGGACGAACCUCUGGCUGUGAAUGAGGAUCCAGGGUGUCAGCAAGAGACAGACCCCUCCUGAAUAAAAUUUGGAAGGAGCCUUACCCACAAGGCCAGAGGGCCUCAGAAAGUCUGGGGAGCUACAAAAGUGGUUUCUGCCCUGCC